AUGGCACCUACAGCUCCUACAGCUCCUACAGCACCCGGUGUAAAAUAUUUUAAUAUACACUUUUGUGUAUUACAGAACAUUUUCUUAAAUUCUAAUGUACUAUUUUUUAUAAAGCAGAAUAUAUCUUCAGAAACGGAUUUGCUUUAUUUACCCACACAAUUAUUUUAUUCUUAUAUAAAUUUUGAGCAUAACGAUUUAUCUAUUUAUAAUGAGCGUUGUGAUUCAAUAAAAUUAGAUACAAUAAAUUUAAAGAAUCAUGGAGAUGAAGUAAAAAAAUAUUGUAAAAAGAUCCUAAGACAUUUAGAAAAAAAUGAUCGAAUAUGGUUUAUUUCAGUACCUGAAAACGAUGUGUGCAUUCUUUUAAAUUAUUGGGUAUACAGUGAAUUGGCUAAUAUUCUUGGUUCUGAUAAAUCUUCUACUAUUCUUCCUGCUUUGGGCCAAUACCAACGGUUAUGGAACGAUAUUGUUGAUAAAUUAUCAGAUAAUUCUCUGAAUAAUAAAUGUAAGCCUGAUUUUUAUAUAUAUAAACAGGAAGAUUGGAAGGAAAGAAAAGAAUUGUAUGAAUAUUAUGUUGAUUAUACAAAUCUUAAUACUUUGGCUUUAAAGGAUGAUGAUAAAUGCACAUAUUAUAAAAAAAUUAAAGAAAAACAAGAAUUAUUUGAUUACUUUGAUAGUCUUUGUGCUUCCGAUCGAGGCAAAUGCCCUCAAAUCUACAAUGAUUGCCGGUCGUAUAAUCCUAAGUAUGUGCUACAUAAAUUUUUAAAAUGUCACGCUGAAAUGGAAAAACAAAAAGCUCCUGCAGAGACUCUUGCGCAUUCUGCUGGUACUCACGAAACUGUCGUAGGUAUUUCUGGUCUUCAAGCAGCUGCAGAAAUGAGUCAACACGCACAGUCAACAUCUGAAUCAUCCGAUAUUAGAACAAAAGUUACUCAUUCAAUUCUUGGCGGAGCUCAAGCAUUAAUGGCAGGCACUAUGUUAUAUAGAGUAUGUAUAUAUUUUGUAAGCAUAUAUCAUUAUAGUACGAACUUGUAA